GAGUAACAAACUCUUGCUGUCAUGGCUGGAUGAGAGGGAGGGAGGGAGGGAUAGUCCUCACAAAUCACAAGUGAAGAGAGGAAUAGAUGGAUGGAUGGAUGGAUAGGUACUCCACAUAGAUAGAUGAGAUAGACCGAGAGAGAGAGAGGGACACCUUCUCCAUCAGCUCCGUCACCUCCGCCACGCCGCCCUUCGCCGCCAGCGCCGCGUCGGAGUCGCACAGCACCACCGCCGUCUCCGCCCUGCCGUCCAGCGCCCGCGCCCUUCUCUACUCAUCAUCACUCACUCAGUAGUGUACUGCAAAGAAAAAAAAAAGAAAAAGAAAAAGGAAGAGAGGGGAAAGCGGGCAAUGGGGCAAAUGGAUGGCGGCGGCGAUGGCGGCGGCUACCCCUACCAUUACCAGGCCCUCCUGGCCGCCGUCCACCAGCAGACCGUCCCAUUCCCCAAUCCCUUCCCCGCUCCCUCCUCGGGAACCGAGGCUCCCCUGCACAAUCACAGUCACAAUCACAACCACAAUCACAAUCACAACCACAACCACAACCACAAUCACAAUCACAAUCACAACCAUAACCACAAUCACAAUGCUGCUCCCCACCCUCACACUCCCACUCCAAGAGGUUUCGCCGACUGGAGCGCCUCAACCAGCGCCUUCACCUCCCUUGCUGCACACUCCUCUCCCGCCCCCAGCAAUGCAGUCCAUUACAGCUUCUCCCCUUGCUAUGCCUUCUGGGCCCAUUACAUGGUCAACAAGAACGCCUACCCGUCCUUCCCUGCGCCACAUGAGGAGCCACCCCACCAGCUCCGCCUUGCCAACAGCCAUCCUAGAGAUGCAUCGGGUCCUGCAUCCAGCUUCGGGGUUGAGUCUUUUAAUUCAGCGUCCAUGGCACCAAAUAUCUGCAACCACAUGCCUCCCAUAGAAGGACCCAUAUCUGCCAAUGAAGAUAAGAAGCCAGAGAUUUUGCCUAGAGUGAUUAAGAGCAGCGAUGAAUUGGAAACCAGAAACAGUGGUGUUGAACUUCACUGUGAGACAGUUGGUGCUCUUCCAGAGUCGAAGCAAAGCCAUGAAAGUCGCGCUACUAAACUACUCAACUCUGGAGAAUACCAAGUCAUUCUGCGCAAGGAGUUGACAAAGAGUGAUGUUGGAAAUGUUGGAAGAAUUGUGCUACCCAAAAAGGAUGCAGAAGCUAGUCUUCCACCAUUGUUGCAAAGGGAUCCUAUGAUACUGCACAUGGAUGACAUGGUGCUCCCAGUUACAUGGAAGUUUAAGUACAGGUACUGGCCAAAUAACAAAAGCAGAAUGUACAUUCUGGAUUCUGCAGGUGAAUUUCUGAAGACACAUGGUCUUCAGGCUGGGGAUGUCAUCAUUAUCUACAAAAACUUGGCUUCUGGCAAAUUUAUGAUCCGAGGGGAGAAGGCCAUUCAUCAGCAGACAACAAAUUCCUAGAUGCAUUUGGGGUUAAUUGCAACAGUGUUAGUUGGGGCAUUUGAAGGGUAGGACGUGGACUUUCCAUAAAUUGGUAAUCCAGGAGAAGUCGAAAGAGGUAUUGAUUUUUAUAUCACUGGGCGACCAUCACAUGGGAUAAAAUUAAAGAAGCAGAUGCGGCUUUGACCUGUUAACUCUGAAUGAAUGAGGAAAAAAAAAUAAAACAGAGAUUGGUAGAAUAUUGGAAGUGUUGGCAAAGGGCUUCUACAGCUUAUCUGGUUGAGAAAAGCACUUGUCGGUUUAUUUAAUUCAGUUGUGUUGGGGGAGCUUGAGUUGUACUUUCAGAACAAUAUUUGCAGCUUCUGUAAAUAUUUUUGGAUCUAUAAGAUAAAGAGAGUGGUGUGGAUUUUGCUUUUCACGUUGUCAUC